UUUUAUUAGGAAGAAAAUGUCUACUUUUCGUGAAUAGUUUUCUCAGAUGUUUUUAGUUUCUGUGUCGAUUAUUUGAGUUGUAUUUGUAAUUUCACCAUUAUGUCUUAUUCUGCAGUUAGAAAUAGAAUGACUCGUCAAAACGUUAAAAGUACAAGAAAAAAGAGUCAUAAACGUUUCGUUUUGCCUCAUUUAGUCGACACAGUUGUGAACUAUCAGGACAGUGGUUUUUGCUUUCCAGAAGGAUCUGUUAUGUGCACCACACAUCAGCCACCAUAUGACCUUCGCAGAAAACUCUCACUUCAAGAAAAUAGUUAUUUUGGGGCCAAUAGUAAGUGUAGUGGAAGAGGAGCAGUUUGUUCUCAGAUGAUAAUACCCCGUAAACGUCUGAAGCGAUCCUGUUCUUCCUGUUCUAUAGCUUCAGAUGUGGGUGCUGCUCAUUAUCUUUUAUAUGAAGUACCUGACGAGUUGCUGUUAAACAUUUUCUCAUAUCUACUGGAACAGGACCUUUGUCGAGUUUCUCAAGUCUGUAAGCGCUUCCACACUAUUAGUAAUGACAUGGAACUUUGGAAAAACCUUUAUCAGAGUGUAUAUGAAUAUGACCUUCCUCUAUACAAUACGGGUCCUUGCAAAUAUGUAUUUGUGCAGCUUGAGGAAACAGAGAAUGAAAAUCCAUGGAAAGAAAGUUUCAGGCAGUUGUAUCAAGGCGUACAUGUUCGUCCAGGUUACCAGGAACUUACAGACAACAAUCCAGAGUGUUACAGUGGCAGAAAUAUUAUUUAUUUUGACACAAUUGAGCAAGCUUUGGAGGAACCUGAUAGUUCUCUUAUCUUCAUCCACUCUGGUGUUUAUAAAGGAGACUAUAUUAUUUACUCUAGUGUCACAUUGCUUGGGGCAGCUCCAGGCAAUGUUGCAGAAAAUGUUAUAUUAGAAAGAGAGUGUGAGUCCACUGUCAUGUUCACCAAAGGUGCCAGAGAAGCUUUCUUAGGCUUUCUUACACUUAGGCUGAAACCUGAUAUGAAAUCCUCAGUGCAACAUCACAAACAUUAUUGUCUACAUAUCACAGAAAACAGCUCGCCUACUAUUGACCAUUGUAUCAUUCGUAGCACAUCAGUAGUAGGUGCAGCAAUAUGUGUUAGUGGUUGUGGAGCAGAACCAGUUAUCAAGCAUUGUGAUAUCAGUGAUUGUGAAAAUGUUGGCCUUUAUAUUACCGACUAUGCUCAGGGAGUUUACGAAGAGAAUGAGAUCAGCCGAAAUGCUCUAGCUGGAGUGUGGGUAAAAAACCAUGCAAACCCCAUCAUGAGAAGAAAUCACAUUCAUCAUGGACGAGAUGUUGGUGUUUUUACAUUUGAUAAUGGACUAGGUUAUUUUGAAGCCAAUGAUAUUCACAACAAUAGGAUUGCUGGGUUUGAAGUUAAAGCUGGGGCCAAUCCAACAGUUGUGCGAUGUGAGAUACACCAUGGGCAGACAGGUGGUAUUUAUGUUCAUGAAAAUGGAAGGGGUCAGUUUAUUGAAAAUAAAAUACAUUUUAACAAUUUUGCUGGAGUCUGGAUCACUUCCCAUAGCAAUCCAACUAUUAGACGUAAUGAAAUUUAUAAUGGACUUCAAGGAGGAGUCUACAUAUUUGGUGAAGGAAGAGGCCUUAUAGAACAUAAUAAUAUUCAUGGUAAUGCACUUGCUGGUAUCCAAAUUCGUACCAACAGUGAUCCAAUUGUUAGGUACAACAAGAUUCAUCAUGGUCAACAUGGUGGAAUCUAUGUGCAUGAAAAAGGUCAAGGAUUGAUUGAAGAAAAUGAGGUUUAUGCUAACACAUUAGCAGGAGUAUGGAUCACUACAGGAAGUACCCCAGUUCUGCGUCGUAACCGUAUACACAGUGGUAAACAGGUGGGAGUAUACUUUUAUGACAAUGGACAUGGUCGUCUUGAAGAUAAUGAUAUUUAUAACCACCUAUAUUCAGGAGUUCAGAUCAGAACUGGAAGUAACCCUAUUAUAAGAAGAAACAAAAUCUGGGGAGGACAAAAUGGAGGAGUUUUGGUGUAUAAUGGUGGUUUAGGAAUCCUCGAACAGAAUGAAAUUUUUGACAAUGCCAUGGCCGGUGUAUGGAUCAAAACAGAUAGUAAUCCUACUCUUCGAAAAAAUAAAAUUUAUGAUGGUCGAGAUGGUGGUGUGUGUAUAUUUAAUGGAGGAAAAGGUAUCCUUGAAGAUAAUGACAUUUUUCACAAUGCUCAGGCUGGUGUGCUCAUCAGCACACAAAGUCAUCCUGUGCUAAGGAGAAACAGAAUUUUUGAUGGCUUGGCAGCAGGUGUAGAAAUUACCAACAAUGCAACAGCUACCUUAGAAUAUAAUCAGAUUUUUAAUAACAGAUUUGGUGGCUUAUGUCUUGCUAGUGGUGUGCAACCUAUUUUGAAAGAAAACAAGAUUUUUGAUAACCACAAUGCUGUAGAGAAAGCAGUUUCUGGUGGACAGUGUUUGUAUAAGAUUUCCAGCUAUACUAGCUUUCCCAUGCAUGAUUUUUACAGAUGUCGCACAUGCAACACCACAGAAAGAAAUGCCAUCUGUGUGAACUGUAUUAAUACUUGCCAUGCAAGACAUGAUGUUGAGUUUAUUCGACAUGACAGAUUUUUUUUGCGAUUGUGGGGCUGGUACCUUAAGUAAUCAGUGCCAGUUACAGGGUGAACCUACUCAAGACACAGAUACUUUGUAUGACUCUGCUGCUCCUAUGGAAUCCCACACUUUGAUGGUCAAUUAAUUUUCCAAUAAAUUGUGCUGGGUCACUUCUUCUACAGCAUUAUAAACAUGAAGAAACUGUUUGAGCAGCUAGUUGGUCCCAUGUCACAGUUUCUAGUCAGACUUUAGUUUGCAAGAAUCACCAGAAUAUUCUCUCAAAAUGCUUGAAUCUCGCAGAACCUAUGAUCUCCCACAAAAUAUUUCUAUAUAGCAGCUGAAUCUACAGUCAUUGUUGUAUUUUUUCUUCCACACCUUUUUUUAGAGCUCUUCAAUUCAUAUUAGUGUCACCUGAACAACUUUAUGAAUUUUUGAUGGUGGUCACUGCAUCAAGAAUGUUGUUUAGCAUUAGUCUACAAUCAGUCAAGGUGUUCAAAAAGUAUAACUUUGUGUAUAAUAAUAAUAAUGAUAUUCCUAAUGUUCAUCAGAAUUGUACAUAUGUAUCAGAACUGCAUAGUCUUCAGUGUGAGACUACUUUAAAAAUUCAAGGACCUCUUCAGUUUGAAUUUUCUGAGAGCUUAAUAUCUGGUAUCCUGUGAAGAUUUUUAUGUAUAUAGAUAUAUAUAUAUAUAUUCAUGUGUGAGACAUAUCUUUUAAUAUCUUAGCAAAUCAUAUUCAAAUAUUAAUGAACGCUGCUUUUACUACUGUUGUAAAGUUCUGUGAUGACUGUUGCCUCGAAACUUCUUCCUCCACUUUCCAUGGUUAUUGUAGGAUACACAUUAUGCUGUCAUGUACAUAGACGUCUACUUGCCUUUACAAAGUAAUACAAAUACUUAGGAGAAAAUAUCAUGAGCUUAUUGAACGUUCUCGACACCCUUGUCUCAACAUUUACCAAGAUUCAAGUGAUAAAUGACUGCUUAAUGUUACAAAUGAUUAAAAUAUUGUUUAAAAAAGAAGUGGUAGCAAACUCCAUUAUCAAAGUUAUUCUUGGUUAGUAAUGGAAGAUUAUUUAAAUAUUUUAUCACCUUAUAGUGUAUUAUUGUAAAGGGUUUAUUAAAAUGGUAUUGAUUUUUAGGCCAGAAAAGUUUGUAUAAAAGUAUGUGAAACUUUGGUUAAAACAAAGUAUUCAAUACAAUAAGAUCACAAAAAUACCUGCAUCUUGUCUAAUCACGUCGUGUAAGAAUAUAAUUUGUUUUGUAAUGUAAUUCUUAUAUUAAAAGUUAGCAAAUUAGUGCUAAAAUAUUAAAUUAUGUGCUUGUAUAUAUAUACGUAUAUAUAUACAUAUAUCAGAUUUUAAGUUGCCCUAAAUAACAUUGGUUGUUAAAACAUAUAUCAAACAAUAAAAAAAUUUGUGAAGAAAAUAAAGAGGGUUUAUUUUAAACAAUAAAGAUGAUUUUGAUUUUCUAAAUGUGUUUGAUGUUUUAGAUCACUAUUACUCAGAGUACCGGUAAAAAUAUUACAGUUUGGGAGUUUUCACAGUAAUUUGUGAAACGUCAUCUGAUAGAGUAGGACAAAUGUUUGUAUUAGAGAAUGUGAUGUUGACAUUGAUUUUAUAGUAGUAACUUGGGUGCUCCAUUUUUCAAGUGCCAAAACUCCUGUGAUUUAAGCCAUUACAGUAAUAUUUGUCAGAAUUUUUGAAAUUGUUUUCUUAUCCUAUAUAGAACAAGAUUCAUUGGCUUUUUAAUUAGAAAAUUACAAAUGAUAAAUGUAAUUAAUAUUUGAAAAGGAAAGACACUCCAUAAAGUUUGAUAAUUAUAGUUUUGUUCUUACCUGAAAGAAAGUAACUUACAAGGUGUGGGUUAUACAUUUCUCUGUUUUAUAUACAUAUAUAUAUAUAUAUUUGAAUUUAAAAACCCUGUAAUACCAAAAAGCAUCAUUAAUUAUGGAUGUUUCAGAAUUUCUUCAAAUUCCAUCAUCAGUGUUAAUAACCUCAAAAAGUUAGUUCUCAAUAUUCUAACUACAAAAAAAAAUUAGCUAUUGAGCAAGUAGUUUUCAUUUUGAACCUGAAGUUUAGAAAGAACAGGUUUAACCAAUGGUACUAAUGAACUAAGAUUUAAAUAAAUCUUCAUUAUACAAAAGAUUUCAUUAAGACUGACAAUUAGAUCAUUUCAGUAAAUUCUAUUUCAGGAAUUUCAAAUGUUUCAAAAACUGAAUUGUUUAAAAUCACAAAAAAAAUAGAUACCUAAAUUUGUUUGUAAAAAAAAAACAGUUUAGAUUCAGAGUAGGUUGGAAAGUACACAGGCAUUCCUGCAGUAUGGAUUGUACAUACGACUAGAAUUAGUUUUGUAUCUAACAUUUUGCUUGCACAGUGUCUCUGCACUGCCUGUUAUCAGCUGCAUGGUCAAGUAGAAUAGAUAAAAGUAACAGAUAUCCUAGAUAGAAAGGAUGACACAUUAGCCUUAUCUUUUAUUUUAGGAAAUUACAUAAUUUUAGUUUAAGGGGUAGUUUUUAUGUACAAUAAUUGUUAUUAACAGGUAUUAUAGUUGUCCUUAUAUAAGAUGGUAUUGGGGAGACUUGGUAUCUUAGGAAGUGUCAUAUCACUCUUACUUUCAUUUAAAUUUAUUUUAACCCCAUGCAGUAUGCCUGUAAUAUAUAUCAUUGUUUAUGUUGAAAUAUAUAUAUAUAACUGCUUUCUUAUUCAGUUAUGUGUCUCAUUCCUUAACAUCUAUACAAACUUGCAUGAUGAAGUAAGAAAAGCAAUCUUACCUUAAAUUUUUUUCCAAUUUUGAGGUUUAUAUUUUAUAUAUAUGAUGGAUUUUAUAUUCAUUACUGGUAUUUUGGUAUUCAAACUGAUGAUGCUGUAGUAAAAUGAGGUUAAACUUUAUGUUUAAAAUUGCAUUGUGUCCAUAAAUAUGUAAUAAUUUUUCAGUCCAUUGGCUUAUAAAAACUUUUAUGCACACAUCAAUUAUGUACUAGUGUGCUUGAAUUGUAGUUAGUUAACUUGCCAACAUGGAAGUAAUAGGUACAUCUUGUUUCAUUUAAAUGAAAGUUGCACAUAGUUAAUUUUCUUAAAAGGAGGUAACUCAUUCCUUUAGUAUUAUUGGGAACUUCAUAAGUCAGUGGACCAGUCCCUUAUAACAGUUUAUCCAAUCUUAAGGCAAAUCAUAUGAAGAUUAACUACCAGUAAACAUAACUUGUAUUCAUAAACAAUUUUUUGCAAGGGUAAAUUAAUAGUUAGUACAUUUUUGAUAUUUGUUUUGUGCAGUGUGAAAAAAAAUUAUAUUAUGUCAUAAGUUUUUAACUAUCAAAUCUGCAACUUCUGAUAAAAAUGUAAUUAUAAAGCUAUAAAAAACAAGUUAACUACAGAUGUUUGUUUUACCACAUUCCUCUUAUUUAUCCAUCACUGCUCCAAACCCCCCUCCAGUAGCACAGCAUUAUGUUUGCAGACUUACAACACUAGAAACCGGGUUUCAAUGUCCAUUGCAGGCAGAGCACAGAUUGUCCAUGGUGUAGCUUUGUGCUUAACUUCAAAAAAAAAAAUUAUGUGUGUAAAAAAAUAACAUUUCAAAUCUAUCUUUAGCUUCCCACAAGUCAUUGCCCAAUAAGCAUUUUGUUUAAUACCAAAAUUCAGUUGGGCUUGACAAUGAGAGAAGAUUCUAUGAAACUAUUUAUGUACAUGCAAUAAAAUACUUUAAAAGUUGCAGUUGAAACAGCAAAAUAUUGGAAAACCUCUAGGCCUAAAAAUUGUUCUAAAGAGGUAUCUACUUUAGGCAUCUCAAUUUAUUUAUUACAAGUGAGCUCAAGUCAUCAGUCUAUCAUAGUUGUAAACAUGUUUGUAACCAGUUAUCAAAUGUUAUACCAGACAAGGCAAACUAUUGUUAAAACUGUAAAACACUUUGAUCACAUCAACCUUGCAAGAUUUGCAUGCUGCUUUUAUUGCAAACUUUUCAUAAAAUGAUUCUGAUUGGCUCCAUUAGACUGGCAGUCAGCCUCAAAAUACUUGUUAAAUCCAGAAUAAUGACUUGGCUUUUUUGGCCACAAUUAUAUAGAAAUUGUAUACAUUAAAAAAAAAAAACACAGAGAGUCACAAUUGUCUUGGUUUCCUCACACCACAAGACAUCCUGCUCAAUGCCAUUCAUUGAAGUAACAAGAAUAUUUUUGAGCAUUUUUUAGUUUUCAAAAAUUUUUACAGUUAAAAUAAACAAAACAUAGGUAAUAAAAAUAUUUGGAGAUGAAGCCUACUUUGCUUCUCUGAUACACCAGGGAGUAUUAGGAAUUAACUCACAAUGACCAGUGCAACUUUCAGGUAGCAAGUGCACACCUACAUGUCUAAAUUUAAGUAAGAACAAUAAUUAAACUAUUCCAACAAUUUUUCUUUACUCAUAUUCUACAACUAAUAUUUUGUAACAUUUAUAGUACACAAAGAAAAAUGUAAAAAAUCGAAUUUUUGCACAUCUUCAAGAACCCUUGCCUGUAAACAAGGCACUUUUUUAAUUUUUACUGUUCUUACCAAAGCAUAGGUUUUACUUGCUUAGAAACUAUUAUUCCUUAAAAAUAUAAUUCUCAAAAUUGUUUCUCUCCCUAUUUCCUUUUCAUUCUUUGAUAAAUACAGCCUCUCCUUCACACCAUAUUAUGACCUCAUAGCUUGUGAUCUGUAAAACUGCUUUGAAAACAGCUAUAGACAAAGUUUAAAUACCAUUUGAUAGAGAUUAUGAACUGUCAUUGUAGAUGAAUAAAGUGGUAUGGGAAGUAAUUUCAGGUAGUGUAGUGCAUAGUAGAGUGUAAACCUAUUUUAUGAGGAGAAAUAGCCACUACAGCUUAAAUUCUUUUAAUUCCUCAAUUUUUCACCUUACAGCUUUAUCAAGAGUGAGGCACCCUACAGAGCAAAGGCCCAGUCUUAACACAACAAACCAUCUGAUGUAAUUUAAAAUAAGAACAUUGCUUUCUUAUAUAUUGUCUGACAUGCAAUCACAUUAUCAACAACGAAAAGUAAUAGUAAUGAUAACUGUAUCGAAAAAAUAUAAUCAAAGUGAAGAAAAAUAUUCAUUUAAAACCAAAAACAAAAGACUCAUGGACAUUUAUGCCUAAUAAAUAUGUACAUGGAAACAGCAAAUGUAGUUAAAACCACAUAUAUAUAUAUUUUUACAAAAGAAAGCAGGUGUUAAAAUGUUCAUGUAUACAUAAAUCCAUUUAAAAUGGCAACCCUCUAUAUCUGUUGAUUGAAGUCUUCUCAGAUCUGAUGAGCAGGAAUUUAUUGUACUUCCUGUCCAGUAAACUAUGACAUUUUCUUUCUAUUUUAUUAUUAAAAGGGUGAUUGAAUUGAGGCACACCAUGCUCAUUAAUAAUGUGUGUUGCAAGUGCACUUCUAUUAAUCUCACCCAUCAUUGAUGCACAAUCUUUUUACAGGUCACUCGGGUUUUCCAAUAUAUUUUUUUGCUACAAAUCCCACAAUAGAUACUGUAAACUACAUCUUUCUUCAGAAGUUGCAGAUUACAGUUGUUCUUCUGACAAUGAUCGUGGAAUUUAAAUGCUGAGUACACUAAAUGAGAUUUAACUGAACAUCCAGGCUUUUCUACCACACAUAUAGGCAAACGUGAUUCACUCACAGCAUUCUUAAUGAUAUUUUUAACCCUAGGACUAAUAAAAGGUGUUAGAAAUGCAACAUUUUCUUCCUGAAUUCUGUUUGUUUUUCUUCAUUUAUCCUGAAUGGUAACAAUUUUGUCAACCAAUCUCUCAGGAUACCCAUUUGAUUUUAAACUCUGGAGAUCUAUGUUCACUUCUAUUAAAUUACCAGGGUUGUAACAAGUACACAAAAGUUUUAACUGGCUAAAAAUCAUAGCCCUUUUCAUGACUCACGGGUUAUGAGAGAGAAAAUGUAGAUGUAUUGAUUUUUUUGUGUAUCACUAACCAUUUAAUACAGCUACAGAAGUGUCUAGUAAUUGUAAGUGCUCAUCAGGUAGAGCAUAUUAGAAAGUAAACGUUAUUAUUAUUGUGAACUUUGUGUAGGAACUGAUGAAAUUAAUUUUGUUCAAACCAUCUUUCCAAAUUCUAUAAGUAUCAUCAAUAAAAUGCAACCAGAGGGCAGAAGACUGUUCUCCACUAAAUGUCCAGUCAGGGGUUGAUUUAGCCUCAGUGGCAUGCACAAAAAAUUACAGCAAUGGCUACAGCCACCCUAUUAUCAUGGCUACUCCUUGUAGUUGAUAGUAAAUUUGUUCUCCAAACCUGAAAACAUUAUAUAAAAAUCCAGAAACCUUCACACAUCAGGCAGAGACCCCUAUUAGUCUUAUGUUGAUCCAAAAUGGACAUAACAGUGUUUAUUCCCUCAUGGAUUGGAAUGGAUGAGUAUAGAGCAUAUAUAUGUCAAAAGAAAAAAAGGAUGCUGUUAUCAAUGAUUUUACCAGUAUUGGAGCUCAACUUUAGAAAAUCAAAGGUGCAAGUGAGAUGGAACAAAUUGUGAGAGGGUGGAGAAUUACUGUAAGAACAACAACUAUAUCACAUGUAAUCUGAAACUUCUGCAGAAAUGUACGGAGAAACAUGUAGUUUAAAGUGUCCCCGAUAAGAUUUAUAGAUAACUAUAUAUUGGAGAAACUGAGAUUCGUAAAAAGGUCAUUGCAUAGGACAUCUCCAUGGUACAAUGAUGAGCAAGACUGAUAAAAGUGCAGUUAAAGCACUAUUAACAAGCACAGUGUACCUAAAUCUGAUCACCUUUUUAGUACUAAAACAGAAAGAAAAUGCCAUUGUUUUCUAAACAGGAACUACAAGGAAUCCCUUUUCAUCAGGUCUGAGAAAUCUUCACACAACAGAUAGAGGUUUGGCACUUUAAAUGGUGGAUUUAUGUAUAUGUUUCUGUAAACAUUUUAACACCUACUUUAUUUCUUUUAUAAUAAUGUAUAUACAUGUUUUUAACUGCAAUUACUGUUUACAUAUCCAUAUUUAUCAGGCUUGGAUGUUCUUGUGACUUGUGUUUAAUUAUUUUCUUGUAAUACAUUUAUUUCAAUUACCUUUUCAUUGUCGAUGAUGUGACUGCAUGUCAAGCAAUACAUGAGAACACAUUAUUUUAAAUCAUAUCAGUUGUUUUGUUCUGUUAAGACUGGGCUUGUGUGCUGUAGGAUGCCUAUCUCUUGAUAAAGCUGUAAGGUGAAAUGUUGAGAAAUUAAAGAACUUUCACUGUG